AUGGACCGGAGGCGAACCGACAGCCCUGUCUACGCCCGCCAGUGGACGAGCGAGUCCACCGCCACUGUCGGCGGAGCUACAUCUCCGGCAAUGUCGCCGGUUCGUGGCCACCACGCGCGGUCCUCCUCCACCAGCGGAGUUUCCAACAUCAAACGCACUCAGAACUUUGCCGCCAAGGCCGCGGCCCAGCGCCUCGCUCAGGUCAUGGCCUCUCAGACCGCCGACGACGACGACGACGAAGAUGAUGAUCUAGGAUUCCGGUACAGUGCUCCCCCACCGCUCUCUCUUUCCAGGAAUGCUAACAGUCCCGGUGCUAAGCCUGCGGCUCCGUCUUUGAGGGCCACUACUAGAUCGCCUUCGCCCGCGUUAGCUCGGACCUCUUUAGACGAAACUCCACAGGUUCGCUCAACAUCAACAGGAAGGCCAGCAAUGUCUCUUCGUGCGGCACCUCCAUUGGUACCACCCAAUAGAACACCGAGGACAGCAACUUCCAUGCCACCACUGGACCCUCCCAUCACUAAUAGCAAAAAAGAGAAUCGAUUCUUAUCAGAAAUAGGAAAUUACAAAUCAAAAGAUCCAGGAGAUCAACGUGAUGCUUCUGCACUCCGUGAUGAACUUGAAAUGCUACAAGAAGAGAAUGAGAAUAUUCUUGAUAAGCUUAGACAUGAAGAAGAGAAAUGCGAUGAGACAGAGGCUAGAAUUAGAGAACUUGAAAAACAGGUUGCUGCAUUUGGAGAAGGCAUGUCUUUGGAUGCUAAAUUCUUGAGCAGAAAGGAAGCUGCCUUGCGGCAAAAAGAGGUUGCACUAAAAGAUGCAAAACAAUCAAAAGAUGGGGCCGAAAAGGAGGUUGCAUCCCUUCAGUCUGAAGUUGAGAAAGCAAAAGAAGCGAGUGCAGUUGUUAUGAGACAACUCCAUGGAGCUGAAUCUGAAGUGAAAUCUCUACGGUCAAUGACACAAAGAAUGAUAUUGACUCAGGAAGAAAUGGAAGAAGUAGUCCUCAAGAGGUGUUGGCUUGCACGCAAUUGGGGUUUAGCUGCAAAGCUUGGUAUAUGUGCAGAUAUUGCAGUUGCUAAGUACGAAUACUGGUCAUCAUUAGCUCCUCUCCCAUUUGAGGUCGUCAUUUCUGCAGGACAAAGGGCUAAGGAGGAACUUUGGGAAAAAGCUAGUAAUGGUGGUCUUGAGAAGAGAAACAAACUGUUGCAAGACUUGGAUGAUCUUACCGGAGAAGGAAACAUUGAGAGUAUGCUUGCAGUUGAAAUGGGGUUGAAGGAGCUUGCUUCCUUGAAGGUUGAGGAUGAAAUUGUGCUUGCAUUGGCUCAACAACGGCGUCCAAACUCUGUUCGAUUAUCAUUCUCGGAUAUCAAAUCACCUGCUGAUCCAAAGUUUACGGAGGCUAUUGAAUUGAGUCCCGAGGAGUCAGAGGAUGUUCUUUUUAAGGAGGCAUGGCUUACUUAUUUUUGGAGAAGAGCCAAAGUUCUUGGAAUAGAGGAGGACAUUGCCAAAGAAAGAGUUCAGUUUUGGAUUAACCGCAGUGGGCAUGCACCGUCUUCACAUGAUGCUGUCGAUGUUGAGGAAGGGUUGAUGGAACUCAGGAAGUUGGGAAUUGAGAGCCGGCUGUGGGAAGAAUCCCGCAAGGCAAUUGAUCAAGACUCUUCCGUGUCUGUUGCACAGAAAUCUGCUCCACGGUGAAAAACCUGUGCUUGAAACUCUGGAAGUAAAGAUCUGUUUGAUGUAUAAGCUAUUGCAAGCGAUUUUACGUUUACUUCUUUUAUUCGUGUUAACUGGUUUUGUUGUAGCAAUUUUCAUCUGAGCUUCUGCUUGAUACACAUGAGAAGUGAGUUCCUCCCUUGUAAUGCCUCUAUAUACAUAGUCACGAAUCACGAUCAAAGAGUUCCUUUUUUUGUACAAA